AAAUAUUAAUAUUUCAUGGCCCCUGAAUGUGUCUAAAAAUUAAGUCACUCUUAGUCCGUGCACGAUAACUAACAGCCAAGUUAGGAGGUACAUAUUGCAUUAGAUCCGCUGAUAAUCUACUAACCUAGUCUUCACGCUGUCAUGUGCCCGAUGUCGCAGUUUUAGCACUAGCUGAAUGUUUAUCAAUCUGAUAAGAUCUUGCUGCGUCGAAAUCCCCUGUUAAUUAAAUCUUACACUAAACACCACUUAGUAUCGAGGAACGAUGUCCGUCAACCAAGUUGAUAAGGACUGGGUUCUCGACAUCUUCAGGGAAAGCCUGAGGACAUCGCGUCUUCCUCCCGGUCUAGAUGCCAUUUCUGCUUCAUUCAACGAUACCCCUCCGGUGAGAGAAAUUCCGAUCGAUCCCGAAAGGCUCGAGUAUUUACGAGACCUAAUUGCCUACAUCCUCGACGGUCGCACUAUCGUCUAUACCUACAACAUUAUUUUAUUAGUAGUGCUUUUGCUAUUUACUUUACUUCACAUAAACGAGAGAAUACGAGAGAAGUCUAGAUGGUGCAUACUCGAGCAAGGCUCUACCAGAAACACGGCCGACGAUUCCGAGGCUGCGAACGAGGCUGCAAACGAGGCUGCGAACGAGGCUGUGAACGAGGCUGCGAACGAGGCUGCGAACGAGGCUGCGAACGAGGCUGCGAACGAGGCCGAAUCGUCUUCCAGUAGUACUCUAGAGGGCUCGUUAUCAUCCCAAAUUACACUGAAAGCUGUCGACACCGACGUCGAGAGGCAACCUCUCCUUGGAUCUAGACGGCGCCAGCCUCCGUCGGUUGGAUGGGGAAAUCGUGUCGUUAAGCGUUUGCAUUCCCUGUUGAUGUAUCAACCUCGGCCAAUCCCAUUGAUUAAUCGAACCUUGCCGUCAAAUGAGACGUCUCUUUUCGUUUUGGCCUUUCUGGGUCUUAAUGCUUUCUACCAAUUCUACCAGGUCCCCUUAGAUUCAAAGUAUUUUUUUGCUUUCGCCGAUCGAGCUGGUAUAAUAUUCAUCGUCAAUUUACCUCUUCUCUACCUCCUCGCUGCCAAGAACCAACCGCUUAGACUCCUUACAGGCCACUCCUAUGAAGCUCUCAACAUUUACCAUCGCCGCGUUGGCGAGCUGAUGUGCUUCGAAGCAGUAGUCCACUUCUUUGGAAUGCUUCUUUGGCGGCUUGUUCUUGAGCCUCCUUGGCUGAGGAGUGGCAGCUUCUACGCCUUUAUUACCCACCCUUUAUGUCUUUGGGGUAUUGGGGCGUGGGUGUCAUAUGAGUUGCUCUACUUUACAUCUCUCGGAAGUUUUCGGCAAAGGUGGUAUGAGCUCUUCCUAGCUUCGCAUGUAGUCUUACAAGUCGCGGCCCUCGCAUUUGUAUAUAUGCAUUUCUUUACGACUCGGCCAUAUGUGCUCGCAUCGCUGGCAAUUUUCCUCCUCGAUAGACUUGUUUGGCGUUUGUGGAUGAAGUCUACAAGAUUUACAGCAGACCUUACGGUAUUAGAGGAUGACCAGACAUUCCUUCUCUCCAUGGACUGGGACAUACCUAGAUCUAAACCACGAGGGUGUCUUAGUUCCUUGGGACAAAGUAUCCGGUAUGGUUGGCGCCCUGCUGAUCAUGUGUUUAUUUCAGUCCCAGUACUCGGCCGUAGCCAUUCUCUCCAGGCUCACCCAUUUACGAUCGCGUCCGCUGCACCCGCGACGGACCCUACAGACUCGCCUAGCCAUGCUUGGUUGAGUUUAUUGAUCAGAGUACAAUCCGGCUUCACUUCUGACCUUCUAAACCAUGCACGUUUAAACUCGAGGGUCGCUGUUCGUCUGGACGGCCCAUAUGGGUCCCAGGACCCCCUUAAUAUGCUGAGGUCAUGCGAGAAUGCUGUCCUCGUCGCUGGUGGAUCCGGAAUUGCAGUCGUCUUCCCCAUGGCAUGGGAUUUAAUAACAAGCCAUUGCGGGAAGAGGCAGGUCCAUUUAAUCUGGGUAAUACACUCUCGAGCCCAACGUUCCUGGGUACCAGAGGAGAGAAUUACUGAAUUACAGAAGCUUGGAGUCCAUGUCACUAUCCCCGAACCGACGAUUCAAGCAGGCAGACCGGAUAUCCCUGGCUACGUUGCCGACUUAACUGCCGCCUCGGAGGGUAAGAUUGGAUUUGUAGUCUCCGGACCCGAUGGCCUGAACAGGACUGCAAGGAAUGCUUGUGCUGAUGCUGUUAGAUUAGGGGCUGAUAUUCAACUUCGUGUGGAGAAAUUUGGCUGAUAAGGAGCGGGGUCAAAUAUUUGGUUUCUUGGGACUAAUGAGAGGCGUUUUAUGAUUACAUGUGAUAUCAGUUGCAUAGAGUGAUACACUUGAUAACGAUUAUGUUGUUGUUAUAUUUUGGAUGGUCCAGAUAUUUAGACCAGGUAGAGGCUGGCGAACGUAUGCAUUGUAUCUUUUUGUAGAAUCCUGUUUUUAUUUUUUCGAAUAUUUCUUGGUAUGUUAUUGAGGCACAUAAACGAUUGCCCUUGAGGGUUUAACUAGAACCAUUACCACGCCACUGCUUCGAACUGUAUUCAUGAGUGUCCCCCAAUUUUUUCAAACUUAUUACAUCAAUGAUUUGAUG